AUGGUAAAUGAAGAUGAAAUUGGGGAGGACCCUGAUGAAGAACCUAGAGACCAGGAAUCUACUGAUAUGCCAAAUGCAAAUUUCGGUGAGGUGCCUGGUGGCUUUGAUCACAUAGAAGAAAUCCUUAUAGAGAAAAAAGCAAAGGAAAACAUUGACAUUGAGAAAAACAUCCAAAUGAUUCUUGAAAGUGGAUCUGUAUCAGAUCAACUGGAAAAAAUGCAGUUUAAGAUGAAGACACUUUUGGAAAGAAAAAAGGACAUUGUGAACACAGUACAAGAACUUCAAGAUACAAAGAGGAUUUUAGAACAGAAAAAUAAAGAAGCUUAUUUAGAGUCAAUUGUUCAGAAUUCCAAGAUUCCUCCAGAAGAAAGAAGGCUACAAAGUGCUCUAUAUCAGAGAUUGCACCCAGAUAAGGAUUUUGUGCUUGACCUAAAUGACCUUGAACAAGCUCUCCAGGAUGUGAACAAAUGCCUGGUUUCUCCAAAAGAGUUCUCUUAUAUUUUCCAUAUUCUUGAACUCCCAGGUCAACAAUACAGGCUAAACCUCGAACUCUUCUGUGUAGUGGCAGCUCUGUCUGAGAAAGUGACACAGCUUGACCCAGUGAUUAAGCAAUUGGUCAAUAAACUGGAUUUUGAAGCCUUAAGCGUUCGUAUUGAGAAAGCAAAAGAUCUCUGGCAUCUCCUCCAGGACGAUGAAGGAGAGAAAGGAAGGAAAACAAACAGAACGACUGGAGGAUCAGUCAGCAUUCGCCGACUGGCACUUGAGCUGGCAGCAGGUGGAUUUUCAUUGGAGGCUAUUAAUUUUGCCCUGCAGAAGUUCAACCGCGGAAAAGCAGGUGUUCUCUCUUUCCUGGAUUUUGUUACCUACAUCCCCUUGUUUGUCGAAAUCCACGAGGGCAUAGUUCAGAAUCCUCUUUCACUAGUCCCAAACACUGUUCCAGAUCUGGAAGAUGAGCUUCCUAUGAAUGUGAUUUAGAAACACAGAACUGCAAGGUGAAUCCAGCAAUGCAAGAAGACCCAGAUAUGGAAAUCUCAUAUAUAUAUAUAUUUAUUUAAUUAAGAAUUUGCUUAAAGUUACUGCUGAUUGCUGUACAAACCUCAAAUAACAUUGUUGUAGUCAGUGCUGAUCAUUAGAGAUUCCCAGUGCAAUAGAGACUUAGGUGAAAGUUUGUGGUAAGAUUGUUCUACUUUCUUCAAAGGCUAUAUAUGAUUCAAUAUAUUUAGUUACAUUAUAAUCCUAUACAGUGGUACCUCGGUUUUUGAAUGUCUCUGUUGACGAAUAUUUCAGUUUUUGA